UUCUUUUAACUACAUGAUACAAUAUUUUGCAAAGUGCAUUUAAAACUGUUGAGAAUGUGCGUGCACACCAUUUGAAAAUAAUAUCUUUUUAGACUAACAGUCAUGAUGCACGAAUAUCUAGAUGAGAUGCGCCUAAUUGUUACUGGCCCCGAAUGCGGCUUAUUUCAUGUAGGAAGGCAUUAUUGACGCCUACUGUACAUACGACUGUAGAGCAUGCGCAUAUGGCCGCGGAGAGUGUUCGUGUCGCUACAUUUCGUCGGUAUGACAGAUUUCUUAACCUGAAUAUUCGACAAAUUUUACGAUUUCGCGCAGGGGUGACCGUACCGCACGGCCACUGGGCAUAGCGAACCUACGCGGACCCGAGCUCAUUACAAUGCGGACAAACACAUACACAUAAACAUAUACACAUACACUCACCCAUAACCGAACUAUUUACAUAUAUACGACAUGUACACACACACAUAUCUGCAUACACCAAACAGUGUGAAGAGAAUAGAAAAAGGAAUAAGAGUACCGAAUACAGGAAAGAGUAAAGAGGUGUCAAAUAACCUACAACGAAAGUUCGGUUGACGGCACGGUAAAUCACAAAAAGAAAAAAAAAAAUUUUACGAUUAUUAUUUCGCUUUCCGGGGCAGAGCGACGCUUUUUUUUUGCCAGAUUCGUUCGUUUUAAGCAAAACUGUAUCGAAUAAGCACAACUAUAUCGAUAUUUGAAUACCAGUGCCUAAACUGAAUAAUUACAAAAAAAAAAAAAAUAAUAAUAGUUAAUAAUAAUUAACAAUUGUUGCGCGUCAAAAAUUUGUAAAUAAAUAAUAGACUCAUAUACAAGAGAGAGGUUAAGUUUUAAAGAUGGUUAAAGCCAAUAAACAGAACUUAGCGAAAAGCUUUAAAACAAUAUGGGUUCGUUUUGACGCGGACAGUUCGGACAAGCAUCAGCUGUUUUUCAAGGAACACUCUGUAAGAAAUCAGGAACCAGAGUAUCCCAAGAAUCAUACCCUUUUUGUAUCAAAUGUACCGCCGUACGCAACCACCGAUUGCCUGAAACAUGCAUUCGCUAAUCUUUGUGGAAGCGUGCGAUCUGUUACGUUUACAAGUGCAAAAGGUUUCAAAACUGCAUAUAUUGUUUUUAAAAAAGAGUCUUCCUUGGAUAAGGCUAUGGAACUUUCAAAGGAUUGUGUAAUCACGUUAAACAGUAACAAGAACGUAUGCCUCACAGGACUAGAAAAAUGGUGCGCAGAAUAUAAUGAUACCUUGUGCGAUGAGGGGCUAAUAAAAAAAGAAAUUGAAAAAUAUAUGACAUUAUACGACAAGCAAGUAAACAAUCGUAUCGCACGAGAGAAAGCUAUGGAAGACAACAAUGAUGGCUGGAUAACCAUAUCAGGUGGGAAGAAAAGGGGACAAUUUGCACUAUCCAGAAAGGAGUCUACCAUCGGCAAGGUGCAACAGAAGGAAGAGCAGCGCAAAAAGAAGAAACAAUUGCUUAAUUUCUAUACCUUCCAAGUUCGCGAGACGAAAAAGCAGAAUUUAGCUGAGUUGCGAAAAAAGUUUGAGCUAGAUAAGAAAAAACUGCAAGAAUUGAAACAAAAACGGAUAUUUAAGCCAUUCUAGGUGAGUACCACGAUAUCUGUAUUGGUUAUCAUGCGCCAGUCUUAGCUCGCUCGUUCGUGUUAUACUACUUCGUCACGUGAGUAGCUGUUUUUCAGGUAAUUUAUACAUGCUUUCGUGAUACCUCUGAUACUUCAUAAUCGUACUAUCUGUACGUGCAACGAUUAAUCGCAGACUUAAUAAAGAUUUACCAUACUUCAUGAAAAACAAAUGCGUUCCUUUAUAAGUCUCAUACCAAGGUAUUUAUGGCGCCUACUUUCGCUACAUAUAAAUUCGUAUCUUUGUUCUAAUUUUUACGCGAAAAACUUCAAGACAUUCUUAAGGAACGGUAGAAUUAUUUGAAAUGGACGAAAAAUUAGUAAGCUUUUAUUCGUUAUAGGUAUUGCAAUGAAUUAAGUAUAAUAUUUUUUUACGAAUUGUUUAUACUGAAUAUUAUCAAUAAAAAAGCAUUUUCAAACUUGCAAAAUAUUCAUAUGUGAUUCUACUAUAACGUGACUUAUCGCGCGAUUUAAAUCUAUGGUUUUAAGGGAUAACUUGAGAACUUUAUUUUUAUAUUUAGAGUUAUUUUUAUAUUUAGAUUUUUACACAAAUCAAGUAACAUGAUAAAAUAUAAACAUUCCACAAGAAACAGAAUUUUGUAUUUAAUUCAUUUCUAUACCUGUAUUAAUGAAUCAAAGAUUUCAUCAUUUAAAUCUCCUCUUAAAUACAAAAAGGAGAGAAAAAGAGAAGUUUGACGACUUUUAUCACGUCACACGUUUCAGAAUAGAUUACUUCCGUCGGGAGAAACGGAGUGAUGUCGAAUACAUUUCUUUCUCGAGGUCGUGCAUACAAUGUCCCGCGCUUCGGGUAUUUUACGGCCGCCAUCCUUAUAUAAUUCGGCCAAGGUUCAUUUCAUGGCCCAUCGGGAAACUACCGGGAGAGGAGGAAGGACGAGGAGGAGAAAGCGCGCGUUGUCUUUCUCUCGCGAUCGGAAAAUCCGCGAUAUAUUCGCACGCGGGUUUACGCUUUACUGAACGAUGGUUAAGAAAAACGUCCUAGGCGUCUGUAAAGCAUCUCGGCGCGAAAUUCCAAACCUUUAUUAGUGUCCUUACCGUUGUCCGAAGGGUUUUCCCCAAGGGUAAAUUGAUUCUGCGCUACGAUACCGUUACAACGAUAAAAAUAUAUCGUUAGCGCGAUUCGAUUACCUUGAACCGCUGUGCGCAAAAGCGUCAGGCGUCUAACAGCGUCAGCAAUUACGCAUUUUUCCCCGGCUAUCGCUCCCCCCAAAAAAGAAAGGUUUAAGCAAAUAGAGUGACGGCCUUUAUCUCGGCCUCAUUACACCGUUUGCAUUUCGAUUAAUACCAACAUACAACGUUACAAUAUCGUGACGACACACACGCAAGCUAAAAAAACGCACGUGCUUGCGCAGAUAACCGCCGGGCUAUUUUUAGGCGAAAAACUUGCAAAGUGCGUCGUAGCUCCCGCGAUAAUGAAUAACACUCUCCGUAUUAUUCCCGACACGCAGCCGUGUACGUCUGCGUAAUUAAAUAUACGGGUCACUCGUUUUGGAUCGCGAUACUAAAUCGAUAUUUCCAACGCGUCCGACCCGAAUUUAAUCGUACCGCGCGCAUGGAUUGCGCGCAUUUUCAAUUUAAUUUGUGCUUCAUUACUUAGAGUGUAAAAGCUACGAAGUAUAAAAGUAACGAGGGCGUGACCACCGUCUCACCGCGAAAUGUCGAAGCCUUUUAAGUAAUCAAGUUUAAUCCCUACGCGCGCAGAGCGAUCGUAAAUCGAAAGUCGGUCAAAAAUAAAAAAAGAA